GGGAACUAGAGAAGGAGGAGGAGGUUAGCCGAGGCAGCUACAGCGGCGGCGGCGCAGGGGCUGGUACGCGCUGGGCGGCGAGAGCCUCAUGGCGGAGGAAGAGAGCGACCAAGAGGCCGAACGCCUCGGAGAAGAGCUCGUGGCCAUUGUGGAGUCCCCGCCAGGCCCUGCCGGGCUUAGGGCGGCGGGCGACGGCAGAGGCGGCGCUGGCGGCGGCGGCUGCGGUGGCGGCGGCGUCGGGAUCAGCAGUCGGGAUUACUGCCGACGCUUCUGUCAGGUGGUUGAAGAUUAUGCUGGAAGAUGGCAGGUCCCUUUGCCACAGCUUCAGGUUCUUCAGACUGCACUUUGCUGUUUUACAUCAGCCAGUGCAUCAUUCCCAGAUGAAUGUGAGCACGUACAAUAUGUUUUGAGUAGCCUUGCUUUGAGUUUCUUUGAGUUGCUGCUGUUCUUUGGAAGAGAUGAGUUUUAUGAAGAGCCCUUAAAGGAUAUUCUUGGAUCAUUCCAGGAAUGCCAGAAUCACCUCCGCAGAUAUGGAAAUGUGAAUCUGGAACUGGUGACUCGAAUCAUUAGAGAUGGUGGCCCAUGGGAAGAUCCAGUGUUGCAAGCUGUUCUAAAAGCCCAGCCAGCAUCUCAGGAGAUAGUGAACAAAUAUUUAAGUUCUGAAAAUCCACUAUUCUUUGAACUGCGUGCCAGAUACCUAAUUGCUUGUGAACGCAUACCUGAAGCAAUGGCUCUUAUUAAAUGUUGUAUAAAUCACCCAGAAAUCAGUAAAGACUUGUACUUCCAUCAAGCACUCUUCACAUGUCUGUUUAUGUCACCUGUAGAAGAUCACCUAUUCCGGGAGCAUUUACUGAAAACUGAUUGUAAGAGUGGAAUUGAUAUCAUCUGUAACACUGAAAAAGAAGGCAAGACUAUGUUAGCCUUGCAACUGUGUGAAUCCUUUCUUAUUCCACAGCUCCAGAAUGGGGAUAUGUACUGUAUCUGGGAGUUGGUUUUCAUAUGGAGCAAACUUCAGCUAAAGUCUAAUCCUUCAAAACAAGUUUUUGUAGAUCAGUGCUACCAGCUUUUAAGAACAGCAACUAAUGUGAGAGUCAUAUUUCCUUUCAUGAAAAUCAUUAAAGAUGAGGUUGAAGAAGAAGGCUUACAAAUUUGUGUCGAAAUAUGCGGUUGUGCUCUACAACUAGACCUUCAUGAUGAUCCCAAAACUAAAUGUCUAAUUUAUAAAACAAUUGCACAUUUUUUGCCAAAUGAUUUGGAGAUUCUCAGGAUUUGUGCACUCUCAAUAUUUUUUCUUGAGCGUUCCUUGGAAGCUUAUCAUACUGUUGAAGAGCUUUACAAACGUCCAGAUGAAGAAUAUAAUGAAGGCACAAGUAGUGUUCAAAACCGUGUUCGUUUUGAAUUACUUCCAAUUUUGAAAAAGGGAUUGUUUUUUGAUCCUGAAUUCUGGAACUUCAUAAUGAUUAAGAAAAACUGUGUAGCAUUACUGAGUGAUAAAUCAGCAGUUAGAUUUCUAAAUGAAAGUACACUGGAAAAUUCUACAGGUAAUGUAAAAAAGGCAGUGGAACAACACAGUUUAGAUGAAGAGCUUGACUCUUUUACAGAUCAGAGCACUGGAGAGCUUGAUCCUGAUGAUAUAUCUGGAGUGCAACCAAAAGGUCAUAUUAAUGCAAAGAAAAACCUUACAGCUCUUAAUGCUUCCAGAGUAGACCACAGUGUCCCAAGGCAUCGGUGUAUGUUAUGCAACAAGGAAUUUCUAGGCGGUCACAUUGUAAGGCAUGCCCAGGCUCAUCAGAAAAAGGGCAGUUUUUCAUGUGUGAUAUGUGGUAGAAAAUUUAGAAACAGAGGACUUAUGCAGAAGCAUUUAAAGAAUCAUGUUAAGAAAAUUCAGAGACAGCAACUUGCUGCAGCUCAACAGGAGGAUCAGGAAAAUCCUGCUUUGGAAGAAAUAAAUUGUUCUGAUACUUUUAUUUCAUUUGAAAAUGGGAAUUCUGAUAAUAAGGAUUUGGAAGUAGAGACUAUUUCUGGUUCCAGUGUUGGAAACAAAGACGUCAUCCCUGCACAUAUGGGUGAAUUCACUGAAAUUCCCCUAAGUGUAUCAGAAGAUGUUACUGAAAACAUUACGGAAAAUGGCAAUCCUGAUACUUCUUUAAAUAAUGUCUCAGAGCCAUUACCUAUAUGUAUGGAUGACUAUGAGGAGGAAGAAGAUGAAGAAGGUGAUUAUGAAGAAGAUGAUUACGACCUGAAUCAAGAAACUUCAGUACUUCAUAAAAUCAAUGGAACUGUGUGCCAUCCAAAAGACAUAUAUGCGACAGAUCAAGAAGGAAACUUCAAGUGCCCUGCUCUUGGCUGUGUUAGAAUAUUUAAAAGAAUUGGAUUUCUAAAUAAGCAUGCAAGGACUGUACAUCCAACUGAUUUAAAUGUGCGGCAAACAGUAAUGAAGUGGAGCAAAGGAAAAUGCAAAUUUUGUCAAAGGCAAUUUGAAGAUUCUCAACAUUUUAUAGAUCACCUUAAUAGACACAGCUAUCCAAAUGUGUACUUCUGUUUGCAUUUUAAUUGCAAUGAGUCAUUUAAGCUGCCAUUCCAACUUGCUCAGCACACAAAAAGUCACAGGAUAUUUCAAGCCCAGUGUAGUUUCCCAGAAUGCCAUGAGCUUUUUGAAGAUCUUCCUCUGCUAUAUGAACAUGAAGCUCAGCACUAUUUAAGUAAAACACCAGAAUCAUCUGCACAACCAAGUGAAGCAAUUCUUUGGGAUGUUCUUACAGACUCAAAAUCUAAUCAUCAGGAAAAAGACUCAUCUAGUAAUGAGAAACAAACUAUUAUUAGUCUGCCAGUUUCUACUAGCAAAUCAAGGAAAGAUUCUACAGAACCAAAGACAUGUAUAGAAAGUAUGGAAAAGAAAACAGACCAUUUAGUUCAGAAUGGAAAUGAACAUUAUGAUGACACUGUUUCUGAUACAAGCUUGACAGACCAAAAGAUGCCUGACAUAGAGCCAAAUUCUGAAAAUAAUUGUAGUGUUAAUGAUUUAGUCAAUGGACACAGUGGAAUAGAGCAAACACCUUUAGUUCCCUCAGAUCCUGCUUUGAAAAUUGAUACAAAUAGAAUCAGGACAGAAAAUGGUUCCAUUUUACCCAGUGUUGUACCACAAGAACACAGUACCCUGCCAGUAUCUCAGGCACCUUCCAAACCAAAUCCGACGAGUGAACAUACUUCAUAUGGCUUAAUUUUAACAAAGCCAUAUGUCAGACCAUUGCCUCCCAGUUACCUUGAUGAACGGUACCUUAGUAUGCCAAAACGCAGAAAAUUUCUGACUGAUAGGGUAGAUGCCUGUUCUGAUCAAGAUAACGUUUGUAAAAAAUCAGUGAAAAGAUUAAGAUGUGGCAAAUGCCUGACCACCUACUGUAAUGCAGAAGCACUUGAGGCUCAUCUUGCACAAAAGAAAUGUCAGACACUCUUUGGAUUUGAUUCAGAUGAUGAAAGUGCCUGAUAAAAUGUUUCAGAAAGAUCUGUCGAUCAAGCAGUAGUGUGCAAAAAGCACUACAAGAAAAUGCAUCAUCAGUUUGCUAUUUCCCUGAUGGCCUUAAUUUUAGAACGGUCUUGGAUUACUAAAGAUAAAGACAAAGCACAUUUUCUAGAAUGAACCCACAGAGGAGAUGUGCUGGUUUAGACUCCAAAAGGGUUAUUACAAAACUCCCAAAGUACCAGUUAUCCAGAAAAACCACAUUUUUUUAAGUUGAUGAUGAUUAAUAGCAGCAUGUUCAGUUUCGCUUAUGUGAGAAACAAUUGCAGGCAACUAGUCAAAAAGAAUAACCAACUAUGGCCUUACAGAAAGGGAAAAACCCAUUAUAAAAAAAGUGGGGGGGAGGUGGUUUACAAUAAACAACUUAAAGUAUUCUACAAA